AUGAACGUGAGACCCUACUAUAACCGCUACAAUGCAUUCAGGAUGCACCAUCCAGAAAUAUGGUUCUUGAAACUUGAGGCUCGUUUUUAUCUUCAAGGCAUAACUUCGCAACUGGACAAGUAUUAUUUUGCUUUGUCAGAACUACCUGAAAAUAAAGCGUUUGAAGUCAUUGAUCUGCUCAAAGCCGUUCCAGAAGAGAACCCAUAUGACCAAUUGAAACACGGAGUUAUCACACGACUGACCGAAAUUCGCAGAGCGCGCAUUCGACACGAAUUGUCUUAUUAUCGAUUAGCCGACCUGCCGCCGUCAGAACUUUUAAUGAGGAUGCGAGAGGUGGCCGAGGACUUGCUCGAUGAAGGAGAACUGUGCCAGACGUGGAUAAAGCGACUACCAGGGAAGACAAGGCACAUCCUCGGGGUGAUUGGUCAGGACACGCCUCUCGACAAACUGGCGGAUUUGGCUGAUCUUGUGCACGAGGAAUCUGAAGCACCAGCAGCACCAGCACCUGAACAUCAGAUCUCGCAAUUGCGAGUAGCUAAAGCGAAAAGGGCCAUCGAUAUGGUCUUAGAUGAAAUAAGAAGAACAAUGGAUAAAUUGAACACGCUCUUGGAACAGCCACCUUCUGACAGGUCACAAUUAAAGUAA